CGUGCCCCGCCCAUUUUGCUAAGGGUUUUGUAAACUGAGCCAAAAACAAUCCUUAAAAGUCUGUCUGCCUGGCCCUGCGGCUCCGUUUCCUUCUGUUUCCUGAGUUCUAGGUAGGACGGUAGCCAGCAGAGGAUCCCUCGAUACACUCGGCAGUGCACGAUGUCGUAUCAGUUGUACCGAAACACCACCCUGGGCAACACGCUGCAAGAGUGUCUGGACGAACUGGUCGAGUACGGCCAUCUGACCUCACAGCUCUCUGCGCAAGUGAUGCUCCAGUUUGACAAGUCCAUCAACUCUGCCUUGGCCUCCAGGGUCAAAUCUAAACUCCAGUUCAAGGCCAGCAAAUUGAACACGUACCGCUUCUGUGACAACGUGUGGACCUUCAUGUUGUCGGACGUGGAAUUCCGAGAGAUCCAAGAAGUAGCCAAAGUGGAUAAAGUGAAAAUCGUUGCUUGCGACGGCAAGAGUGACCACUGACAAUGGACUCAUUUGACCCUCAACUUGAUUUUUGAUUCUUACGCUAAAUACAAUACAAUUUCUUCUCGAAGACAUACAAUACAAAAUACUUAAUUGUAAUUGGGUUACUGGAAUCUAAGUGAUUUAUGGUGAACUAAAAGAGAUGU